CACCGUAUUCUUCUCAUAUUACAGGCUGCUUCUCAUCGAUUUACAGAGCUGCUGCACAGAGCAUUGUAUUACAAUAAAUUCAUUUCUUGCUUUAUUUCAACACCUUAAUGGAAAAAGCACGAGUUGCAGUUAUUGGAGGAGGACUGGUCGGCCUAUCAACAGCCGUUUGCAUAUCUGAGUCUCUUCCUCAAUGUUCAGUCACUGUUAUUUCAGAAAAUUUCUCUCCUAAUACAACUGGGGACGUUGCGGCUGGAUGCCUCAUUCCGCAUACAUUUCCUGAAACUCCACUUCAGGAGCAAAAAUACUGGUUUCGGGAAACCUUUGACUAUCUUUUCAACAUUGCUAAUUCUGGAGAAGCUACAGAAGCUGGUGUAUCCUUCCUUUCUGGGUGGCAGGUAUACAAGAAACUGCCUAAAGAAGCCUUCCCCUUUUGGUGGGAUGUUGUGCUAGGAUUUCGGAUGAUGACUGAGAAUGAGUUGGGAAAGUUUCCUCGCCAUACAUUUGGUCAGACAUUUACAACACUCAAGUGCCAGUCUACACUUUAUCUUCCAUGGAUGGAGAAAAGGUUUAAAAGUAACGGUGGAAAACUAAUAGCAAGAAAAGUUGAUGAUGUUUGGCAGCUACAUGGCACAUAUGAUAUAAUCGUGAACUGCACAGGCAUAGGAUCAAGAGAACUAACUGGUGAUAUAUUAUUGUAUCCUGUUAAAGGCCAAGUUCUGGAGGUCCACGCACCCUGGAUAAAACACUUUAUUAGAGAUGGAGAUGGGAACACCUAUAUAUACCCAGGAACAAAUAACACAACUCUUGGUGGAACGAGACAGAAACAUGACUGGAGCCUCUUACCUGAUUCUAAAAUCAGAAAAGAAAUCCUGGAUCGGUGUAGUGAACUAGAACCAUCUCUUCAGGGUGUUGGCGUGAUUCGCGAGAUGGUCGGCUUAAGGCCAGUACGUGCAGCAGUGAGACUUGAGAAAGAGGUGCUUUUUAAGAAAGGACAAAAACUUCACAUGGUGCACAAUUAUGGCCAUGGUGCCAGUGGAUAUUCUGUGCAUAUUGGAACUGCCAAAAGAGCCACCAAACUGGUUGAAGAAUUAAUUCCAUUGAUAGGCAGCUAUAUUGCAAAGUCAAAACUAUAAGUUCUUGACUUUAAAGAUGAUCAUGAUUAGUAUAUUUCUCCAUUAACCCCUUCAGGACGGAGUCAUUAGUACACGUUCUGAUCAAAACAAAACGUAAACAAAAACUGGAAUUUGCGCUAUAUGUCUGUUCACCCGAAAUUCCCCUCUUUCAUAUUAUAUGCACCCACACUUAUUAUAUAUCAUUUUGUUCAGGAGAAACAGGGCUUUCAUUUCAUAUCAAAUAUGUUUACCAUUACUGUGCAAUGUAUACAACGUAAUUUUCCAUGUUGUUUUUUCCCACUGUGCUUUAU